AUGACGUCGAAUCCAGAGUGGGGAGAAAAGACUUCCGGACUAGAGGUCGCCAGGACUUACGCCAAGCAUAUAGAAGGCAGAAAUAUCCUGAUUACCGGCGUGGCGCCAGCAGGUGUCGGUGAAGGAACCGCCAUCGCCUUCGCAUCUCAGAAACCUGCAACUCUGAUCUUAGUAUCAAGGACCAAAGAAAAGCUCGAUAGUGUAGCAUCACACAUUCGGGAAUUAUACCCGGAAGUCGAUGUACGAGUUGUUACAAUUGACUUGGCAUCCCAGGCCUCAAUUCGCAAAGCGGCUGCUGAGGUCACCGGUAUAAUCUCGAAGUUGGAUAUACUAGUGAAUAAUGCUGGUGCCACUUACAAUGCUCGUCGUUGGACAGCUGAGGGGAUUGAGAUACAAUUCGGCGCGAACCAUAUCGGUCCGUUCUUGUUCACGAAGCUCAUGCUCCCUCUCUUGAAAGAAGCAGCUAAACAGUUACCUGCUGGGGCGACUCGAAUCAUCAACCUGUCUAGCCACGGGCAUCGACUAUCUACCAUUCGAUUUCACGACUACAAUAUUGAAAACAAGGAGAUCCCUGAAGAAGAGAAGCCUUUCUCUCCUUUACCUCCUGCCUUCGGAAGGGUCCAAGAGGAUGGAUACAUGCCUACUAUUGCGUAUGCUCAAAGCAAAACGGCCAACAUACUGUUCACGCUGUAUCUCCAAGAGCACUUACAGGCGAAUGGGAUUAUGUCGUAUGCCGUACACCCAGGAGGUGUCGAUAGCCAGCUUGGUCGAGAACACGACGAUGAGAUGGCUGAUGCUAUUGCGAAGACGUCCAUGUUCUGGAAAAACUGCGACCAAGGCGCGUCGACGACUCUUGUUGCAGCGCUAGACCCGGCGUUGAAUACUCGCGGUGGCCUCUACUUGUCCGAUUGUCAGUUCUUUCCCAGCGCAGACUUCGCUAAGGAUCUCAACCUAGCCGAGCGUCUUUGGCACUUAAGUGAGGAUCUGAUUGGGGAGAAGUUCAAUCUCGAGUAA